AUGCUUGGCUACGAUGAUGCAACAUUCACCGAAUUGAUGCGUCUCUACCUCACAAUCCACUGCGAUCAUGAGGGUGGAAAUGUCUCGGCCCACACCUCGCAUCUCGUUGGCUCGGCUCUCUCCGACCCUUAUCUCGCUUUCUCGGCAGCAAUGGCUGGGCUAGCUGGACCGCUGCAUGGUCUAGCGAAUCAAGAGGUGCUGGUAUUCCUGACAAAAUGCCGCAAAGAGCUCGGAGAUGACUACACGGAGCAGAAACUCUCGGACUGGAUCUGGAACCAUCUCAAAAGUGGACAGGUUGUGCCUGGAUACGGACAUGCGGUACUGCGCAAAACGGAUCCACGCUACACUUGCCAGCGUGAAUUUGCCCAGAAACAUCUCCCGGAUGAUCCGAUGUUCAAGCUUGUCUCGGCGAUUUUCAAAGUUACACCGGAUAUUCUGCUCAAACAGGGCAAGGCCAAGAAUCCGUGGCCAAAUGUGGAUGCACAUUCUGGUGUACUUUUGCAAUAUUAUGGCCUAACCGAAAUGUCAUUCUACACCGUGCUUUUUGGUGUUUCACGUGCAAUCGGUUGCCUUUCGCAGCUGAUCUGGUCUCGUGCUAUGGGUCUUCCGAUCGAGCGACCAAAAUCGCAUUCCACCUCUGAUCUGGCAAAGCUGGCUGCGCGUGCGGGACAAUGA